AUGAAAGGAACUGAUAUAAUAUUUUCUGCAUUAUGUUCAUAGCCAGAAAAUUUAUAAAUGGAAUUAUAGGCAGAAUAAUAAAAUGAAUAUGAAAGAGAAUAUUUAGAAGCUGAUCUUGGUUCAAAAAUUAGAACAAGAAAUCCAAGUUAAAUCAAUUUUACAUAUAAAUCAACAUCGUAAAUUGAUACUCACAGAAAUUGUGAAGUAAUAAAUUAUUUUUGAUUAAGCCAUUAAUUAAUGUUAAGGAAGAAAGUACCAAUAUUAAAAAGAAAAAAAAUGGGAUCAAUUUUAUGAAAUAUUUUUAUUUGAAGAGAUUUAUAUAACGUAUAAGAAAUAAUCGAACAAAGUUGGCAAAUGUUAAUGAAAAUCACAUUAAAUUGAUAAAUGACAAAUCAAGUGAUAGGUAUCAGUUAAAUGAUUAAGUUAAGUGUUAAUGUCCUUCUUAAAAUUUAAUAGUCAUCCUAAAUUUUAUAUAAGAAAUGUAACUAUGUUGUUUAGAGAGAACACAAUUAAUAAAUAAGAAAAUAGAUUAUAUUCAUUGCUAAAAGAGAAAAAUUAAUAAUUCAAAAAAUAUGCUCAUGAUUUAAUUUCAAAAAUACCUCUUAUUCAUCCAGAAACACCAAAAAAGAUAGUUUGGGAUUAUUCUACUAUUGUUUUUAGAUUAAUUUUAUUAAUACUUAUACCGUUAGAGAUAUCAUAUAAGCCAAAUAUUUUAUUUGAUCAAUUAAUUAGUUUAACAAUUACAAUCAUAAUGAUUUUAAUUAUUGAUAAUAUUUUGAGAUUAAAUACAAUAUUUUAUUAGCAUGGACAUGCAGUAUUUGAUAGAUGGAAAAUUAUUCAAAAUAAUUUGCACUUUUAAUUUGUAUCCGAUUUCACUUUAAUUUUAUUAUUAAUAUAUUUUAUUUAAUUUAAUGGAAAUCAAUUUUAAUACUUAGUACUUUUGAUAUCAUUGACAUAACAUUAUUAAAUAAAUGUAACUUUGGAAAAAAGUGAGGAAUCAUCUUAUUUUACUAAAAACAAAAAGCGUUUGUGA